AUCAUAAUAAGGGAAAACUUUCCUUAAGUUGCACUAUCCACAAACGCUAUCCCAACCAAUCAUAGCCCACCACCUUCAAACCCGGCUUUUCUCUCUCUGCCUCUCUCCCAAAGAUUUUAAGCAAAAUUUUAGAUUCAUUCCUUGAAGCUUUACUAAACUUGCUUUUCAGUUUCUCAAUUUUUUUUUUCCUCUAGUUUCAUUUACUUCUUUUCUUUCUUCUCUUUUCUUUGUAGCUCAGGCCACAGUGAAAAGAAAGAAAGAAGAGAUCUUGACCAGCCUUAUUUUCUUGAACUCUAAUUUCCUUGAGAAUUCAACUUCAACAGCCAAUUGGGUAUUCAUUUCUAGCUUGUUUGAUUCCUUUUCUGAGUCCUCAGCUUCCUUUUUCUUACCCAAUUGGAAUUGGGAUUUCAAGGGUGUUCAGCUAUUUAAAGAUACAAGUGUUAGUUAACUCUAACUCGAAAGUUCUCAGCUUUUGAAUUCUGGUCAAUUUUCUGCUCCAUUUUUCUUGAAAUAGUAUCUGGGUCCUUGCUGUUUGGUUCUAUUACUGCUUGUUUUCCUUGGAAGGCCAUUGGGUUCAGAUCUCAGUUGUCAGUACUCGUCAGUUUGUGGUACUUCUAGGGCUGUAUAAUAAUGGAGCAGCUAAAUUAAUUUUCAAUUUUGAAUUAACUUGGUGACAUUUUGUUUUGUUUUUGGUUCUUUGAAAAGGUGGGCCUUCUUUUUAGAUUCCUCUUGCUCAUGGUAUGCCUAUGCAAUUGCUAUGCACAAAAAAGGAAAAGGUAUUCUGAUUCCUUUCAAAAUGCUUCAUGAUUUAACACUGAUAUUAUUAUUUCCCUGAAACCUCAACCUCCAGUCCACCACUCUGCAUUUUCAUUCUCCUCUGUCUCUCUCUGCCUUUUCCUCUGUUUUCACCAAUAUUCAAAAACCUCAAAUUUGCAAUUUAAAAAAAAAAAAAAAAAAAAAAAAAAACAUAUAUAAAAGUCGCAACCAGUAACCAGUACACAAAGCUCCAACUUCUGCGGGGUCUGGGAGAGUUGAUUGGUUUCUGAAUUAGUUGGUGCAUGGUAAAUUGGGACGUGAUGAAGUGGGAAACUGAAAUUCUGCCCCCUAAUUGGGUUCUGGACCACGAGAGCAAGAGCUCGAAAUGGACUCCGGCGGAGAACAAGUUGUUCGAAAACGCGCUGGCCGUGUACGACAAGGAGUCCCCGGAUCGAUGGCUCAAAGUGGCGGCCAUGAUCCCCGGAAAGACUGUUGGGGAUGUGAUGAAGCAAUACAGAGACUUGGAAGUUGAUGUUAAUAAUAUAGAGGCAGGGCUUAUACCAAUUCCUGGUUACUCUACCUCCACUUCACCAUUCACAUUGGAUUGGAAUAGCCAUGCCCUUGCUUAUGAUGGGUUUAGACAAACCUAUAGCAUCGCCGGAAAGAGAUCUUCCUCGGCCCGCCCAACUGAGCAGGAGAGAAAGAAAGGGGUUCCAUGGACAGAGGAGGAGCAUAAAUUGUUUCUGAUGGGACUGACAAAGUAUGGCAAAGGGGACUGGAGAAAUAUCUCGCGCAAUUUUGUUGUGACUAGGACACCAACUCAGGUGGCUAGCCAUGCUCAGAAGUACUUCAUCAGGCAGCUUUCUGGAGGGAAAGAUAAGCGGAGAGCAAGCAUCCAUGAUAUUACUACUGUUAAUCUCAUUGACAUGAAAAGUCCUUCACCAGACAAUAAAAGACCCCCGUCCCCGGAACACUCUACAGUGCUUCACCACCAUCACAACCAGCAGCAGUCAAAUUCCGCAGCCAUGGGCAGAACACCUUUUCAAUGGAAUCAGCCAAUUGGUGGAGGUGGAGCAACCAUGGCUUUCAACCAAACAUAUGGGAAUGUGUUCAUGACCACUCCGUAUAACUCUUAUGGGAUAAAAUUGGAGGGUCAAAAUCUGCACAGAGGUGUUGCUCAUGAAUCUUACAAUAUUGGACCUCAAAAUAUGGUUUUCCAAAUGCAUUCUGCGCAGCACUACUCCCAUGGAUGAGAUAGCAGUUGUUUUGAUUCUCAAUGGCUUGAACCGCCAUCUCUCUAUUCUAUUUGCUAGUAUAGCUGUGUUUGUGCUUUUUUCAUGGUUUUAUGUGAAUAUGUUAUUCAGAACAUGGGUUAGUCCAUAGUAUAUCAACUUGAAGUGGACAAGGAUUGUCUUUUCCUCAUGAAACUUCAAAUUCUGAACUGUGAAAUUGAGUGGAAAAGAGUCUCAAACAUGGGACUGAUAAAUGGGAGUUCUGAAGUUUUUGGAUAGGUCA